GUUAUCCUAAACCACAUCUCUAUUGACCUGAACAAUUCGACGAGCCUACUUUCCUGUUUCUUCGCCAGCUUCUGUGGUACAAUUGUUGCUUAAUUUUAUUUAUUUAUUUUGGGUUCUCAGGAACAAUGGCGACUGCUACGUCGAUGAGCUUGAAUCUGGUUGGGGCGUUCAAAGGCUUGUCUGUAUCGUCUCCUUCGUCUUUCUUCAGAGGCGAUGUGAAUCUGUUGUGCCCUAGAAUGGUGACGCUGCCGAAGCAGAAAAUCCAGGCCCCUGUCCCGUUGACGAUCGAAUCGGCGCACAAGAAGGGAGCAGGGAGCACUAAGAACGGCCGUGAUUCUCCCGGACAACGGCUCGGCGUUAAGAUCUUCGGCGACCAGGUCGCCAAGCCUGGCUCCAUCAUCGUCCGCCAACGUGGCACCAAGUUUCACGCGGGGAAAAACGUGGGGCUUGGCAAAGAUCACACAAUAUUCUCCCUGAUCGAUGGAGUUGUGAAGUUUGAGAAGUUUGGUCCCGAUAGGAAGAAGGUGAGCGUGUAUCCGAGGGAAGUGCAGCCGGAGAAUCCCAACAGCUACAGGGCAAGGAAGAGAGAGUAUUUCAGACUGCAACGGGAGAAGAAGAAGGCCAGACGCGAGGGUUUCGCUUCUCAGCCACAGUUAGUGCUUGCCUCCGCCGAGGCUGCUGAUGGUCUCCAAACGAAUCCAUCUUGCUGAUCAUCCCAACUCUUGUAUCCCCUUUUGUGAAAACUAAACACUGUUUGUCCCUCAGUUUUAAGUCGUUUAUUUAAUGAGACAUAGCGUCGAUAUGUUGGAAUUCUCUCGUCCGUGAUAAUAGAAUCCCAAGAAAUUAGUACUUGGGAAUUUCACGUCUAA